CGGCGCCCCACCGCGCUAUUGGCCCCAGCUCACUCGCAAGGCGCAUCCCAUCGCAUCACGCGUUCACGCACGCUCGCCCCCCCCGCUCAGCUCACUGGUAGAGAGUUCAAACAAAGAGGCAAGAAACGCGAACGCCACCACCGCGCUCUAGUCGCUUCGCUUGGUUCGGUCGACUGCUCCGGCGGUCCGGCCAUUGCCGAUCCAUUCUUCUUUAGAGGAGGAGGAGGAGGCAGCAGCAGAGGGGAAGGGCCGGCGAUGGGGCGGACGAGCGUGGCGACGGCGGUGGCGGCGGCGCUGCUGGUGCUGGCGGCGUGCGCGGCGCUGCCGGAGAAGGCCGCGGCGAACAAGAUCAGCAUCAACUGGAAGCCCAACGUCAACUACACCGACUGGCUGAAGCAGCACAGCCCCUUCUACAAGGACGACUGGCUGGUGUUCUACUACACGGCGGGGCAGGCGGACGUGGUGCAGGUGGACGAGGUCGGGUACAACAAGUGCGACGCCACCAACGCCAUCUACAACUACAGCAAGGGCCGCAGCUUCGCGUUCCAGCUGAACGAGACCAAGACCUACUACUUCAUCUGCAGCUACGGCUACUGCUUCGGCGGGAUGCGCCUCGCCAUCAAGGCCGAGAAGCUGCCGCCGCCGUCCCCGCCGCCGUCCGCCAGCGACCAGUCCUCUGCCAUCGCCGCCUUCGCCAGGUCGCAUGCGGUAGUCGUCUACGCCGCCGUCGCCGUGCUUGCCGCGCUCCUCAGGAUGGUCUAGCUGCGAAGAAUCUAGCCGCCGGCCCCUUGUUUUGGUUCGAAUUGGGACUCCUUUUUGUUCGUUCCUCCUCUCUCAUUUCCGUAGUGUGCUUGCUUGGGCUCUGAAGAUGAGCAGUAGUUGCUGCGUUGGGUUGAAAAUUUUAAAAUUAGUGGUGUGGAUCUGCGUAAGCGAUUGAUUGAGCUGAGAUUGAUUUUUCAAGUGUGAAGAACUCUAGCAGUCUAGCUGAAUUAAAGUAACAUUAGCCUUUUCAUCUUGGUGAUUUGAACUCUUU